AUGGUGCGUGAGCUCCGCGCCGACUCCUUCUACGCCCGCCUCCGCGCCGCCGCCGCAGCGGUUUCCUCCGCCUCCCCUCUCCUGAUCCUCCCGUCCGCGGCCGACGCCGACUCGCUCUGCGCGCUCAGGAUCCUCACCCACGUCCUCUCCGCCGACUCCGUCCGCUUCUCCGUCUACCCCGUCGCCUCCACCGCCGAUGCGGCCGAACUCCUCGCCUCCUUCUCCGGCGUCGCCGCGUCCUCAUCCCAGUCGCCGCCGCCGCUCUGCGUACUACUCAUCAACUGGGGCGCGCGCUGCGACCUCCUCCGCGGCGUCCUGCCGCGCGGCUCCACCGCCUUCGUCGUGGAUUCGCACCGCCCCGUGAACCUCCGCAACCUCGCCGCGGGGAACGACCGCGUCGUCGUGCUCUUCACCGCUGAUGACGAGCGCGCCGCCGACCUGUCGUAUGACUUCGACGUGUCCUCCCUUGCCGACGCCUCCGACCUAACGGCCGAGGGGGACGCGGACGACGACCACCUCCGCGCCUCCGAGGAGUCAGAUGCCUCGGAUUACGAUUCCGACGCCGAGGGAGGGAGGAGGAAGAGACGGCGGGCGCCCGAUGACGCGGAGGCGGACGGCGGCGAUCCGGUGAGGCUGUUCGGGAGGCUGCGGCGGGAGUACUACCGGCUCGGCACCUUCCACGGGAAGCCGUCGGGGUGCCUCAUGUACGACCUCGCCCACGCGCUGCGCAGGAACACCAAUGAGCUCCUCUGGCUUGCCUGCGUCUCCCUCACCGACCAGUUCGUCCACGAGCGCAUCACCAGCGAGCGCUACCACGACGCGGGCAUGAAGCUCGAGCAGCACAUCAACGGAUCCGGCAACCUCGAUCCGUCCGGCGUCGGCUCCGUGGUCACGCUCAAGGACGGGACCAGGAUCCGUGCGCCCGAGACCUCCCGCAUCGCCUACGAGGACGAGCCGAGGCUUAUGCUGCUGCGGGAGUGGAGCUUGUUCGACUCCAUGGUCUGCUCCUCUUAUGUCGCGACGAGGCUCAAGACGUGGAGCGACAACGGGCUCAAGAAGCUGAAGCUUCUUCUGGCGAGGAUGGGGUUCCCGCUCGCCGACUGCCAGAAGGGGUUCCAGUACAUGAGCAUGGAGGUCAAGAGGAAGAUGCGCGAUGAGUUUGACCGCUUCCUGCCGGAGUAUGGGCUCACCGAGUUCUACUACAGAAGCUUCCUGCGGGUGCACGGGUACAAAUCCAAGGUCUCUGCUGCGGAUGUUGUGUAUGGCGUCACAGCUUUGCUUGAAUCUAAGAGUGCCGAGUCCAAUGACUCGAAGGAAUGUUCUGCUGCUGAGCAACUCUGGGUUGCAUACUCUGCGUUGUCUCCGAGCAAUGUGGAUCAGCUGCAAAAAGGAAUGCAAUCUGCCAUUGAGAUACAGAGGGCUAUAUUGAGGCAAGGGAGCUCGGCGAUCACCAAGAGCGGCUUCAUACGGAGCGCAAAGAAGUUCAGGUGGGUGAAGCUCGAUGACCCAGUGGACACGAGCAAGCUGUGCCACCCUCAGGCGCUUACCAAGUUCUGCUUCUUCCUGAUGGAUGCACUGAAGGAACGGGGUGCAAGGAUGAAGCCACUGGUGUGUGCUUGCUUAGGGAGGGAGCCUGAGAAGGUGCUGGUAGUUGGGGUAUGGGGGAAGCCCAGGCUUGGGGCAGUUCAGGGGAAUUCGUUCGGUAAUGCAUUUAGGUCAGCGGCAGAGGAGAUUGGCGCAGACUAUUUCCAUGACAUGUUUGAGUCAUCAUGGAUUGUUCUUGACGUUGUUGCUGUCAGUUCUUUCAUGAUUCGGUUAACGGAGAAGCUGUAA